CCAGCUGUCGGAUGUUCUUGCCAACUGACUCCAGUUAAGUAGAUAGAUCCGCCAUACGGACUUGCAACCCAACCCAAACAUAAAAAAUUCCCGUCGGCCGUCCCUGUCUCUGUCUCUGUCUCUCUUCUAUCAUUUUUAUUCCUCCAAUUCUAUCAUUUCCGAAGGUACCAGCAUCAGUAGGUCAAGUACAGUACUAUUAAUUAAACUUCCCACCAACAGCCUCCUCCUCCGCCUGUCGAUCUAUUUAUAAUUGUUAAAAGCCUUAAAAGAUCUUUUGUCUCUCUCCUAGACUCUGACGUCAUUGUACACGACAUGUCUAGCAUUUGCUAUGAGAGUUGCAGCAACGGCCCCAAUUUGCUCCUUCAACUGCACCAAUGGUUGACAAAAAAAGGGUACAAAUUGAGGAAGGAAUAGAGAGUGAAAGUAAGUAAAUUCAAUUCCGGGGGCUUCUAUUUUUGAUCUGCAACCUCCGUCCUUCUCUCUCUCUCUCUAUUGUCAACCAAAUAAUAAACAAAUCUCCCUCCGGCCGGCUCCCCAUGACGGAAACAGAGCAUCCGUCCUCUGCUUCUUCAGAACCCGACGGGCCCUUUAGGAUUGGUUUCGGGGUCACAAUCGGAGCCCUUACCCUCGUCGCCAUUUUGAUCGUCGUUUGGUACCUCUGCACCCGCCGUCCCCCCACAGGAAACAACUUCGCCGAAGAAGACGACGAGGAGGAGUACUCUGUUUCCGACGUUGUCGUUGACGUGGAGGGGAUCGAUGUCGACGCCGUCCUCAGCCGCUUCCCCAAGUUCGUCUACACGGGCGCCAACAGUACUGAGAGUUCCACGUCGGCAGUCGUGGGUUCCAGCUGCAGCUGCGCUGUCUGCCUGGCCGACUACGCCGACGGCGACGUCCUGCGCCUGCUCCCGGAUUGCGGCCACACCUUCCACGCCUCGUGCGUCGAUCCCUGGCUGAUUAAUCACUGCCGAUCCACGUGUCCCAUCUGCCGCCGCCAUUCGGAGGCCAAGGCGGAUGAUGGUUCGGCGGCAGCGGGUGCGAAUAAGGAGCCCAGGACCAGGGUGCCGGGUGAUGUGGCCAGGCCGGUGUCGGCGGUGGCGGCAAUGGAGCCGCAGGGACAGACGACGUCGUUUUGGGCCAGCUGGUUUGCGUUGCGCUAGCCGGUUGCUGCCUAAAAUGUUAAGUAAUUGUUUUUAUUUUAUUUUAUUUUUUCUGUUUCUGUUUUUAUUUUU